AUGACGGAUUUCCUCAGCAUGAGGUCGUUGCUGACGGGCGGCGAGGAGGCGAAGUAUUUCUUUUUCACCUCCAGGCUGAACUUUUGCCGGAACCUCAAUGCGUAUUUUCAAGAGGCCUGGAGCAGCAUGGGGUUGACCGGAACUCCAACCUUUACUGACAUCCGCACCUCCAUCUCAACCCAUGUGAGCAAAAACACCCACACGGCAGAUGACCGCCACAAAGUGGCACAGUUCAUGUGCUACGACACCGUUACAGCUGACCGCUUUUAUGCACUCAACCUGGAUGUCAGCCAGGCCACAGAUCACCGGCGGCUCUUUGACAUGCUGCUCCAGGGACCUGAAUCCUCCCCCGUCAAGAAGACCCCCACCAAGAAGAGGAAGGCGAGUAAGGGCUCUCCUGUGAAGUCAAAAAGCAAAAAGCGCAAGGUUGACACGGAGGGCAGCAAUGAGGAGGCCCCAGACGAGGAACCGACAGAGUACCCGCAACCAGGCACCUCAGCAGAGUCCAAGCCGAGGACCUCCUCGUCAAAGCUUUCCCGGAGGGCGGUCAUACAGCUUUCUCCCUUAAACUUGAGCCCCUUUAGGGGUUCCCCAAAGUUUCAUAAAGCGGCCUCGCUUGUUUCAAAAGCCAAAAGAACCCUCCUUAAAACCACAAAGAGCCACCAACAGUAGUGCAUAUUGGUAAUUUCUUAUGUAAAUAGUUGUUGUGUUGUAGUGUUGUUUUGUGUGAACCUUGUUUGAGUGUUCCUGUUGAAA